AUGACCAACCUCGGCCUCAGAAUGACGGUUCAUGUGGCUGAAGUGACUUCCGAUCGCUCGUAUUUCUUGACGCUCUUUCGAGUCGACGAGACAGCGGACGUUUACCAUCUAAAUCGAUUUGCUGCACCGCUAUAUGCGGCGAAGAGGUCUCUUGACAAUUACAAACAAGACACUAUUUUCGUGCUACGUGACUUUGGGCAAUCCUGGGAGUUCAAGAACGAGACUGAGUAUGUGGACCCGACCACCGAGGGCUUGAUCGGAAGCGGUGAUAGUGCUCACUCGAAGCCGAACAGCCCAGGCCUUGCCCGUAGUGAGACGAGUCUCGUAGGCGCAAAGCGUCGGAAGCUAUGA